AGGUCGUGCCAUUAGCUUUUGAUUCAAGAGAAAAACACUCACAAACCUCUUUAAUAUCUUUUCUUACUUCAAAGAAACCUUCUUCUUCUUCUUCUUCUUCUACUAUACAUUCAUGGCUCUAUUCGACACUCAUAACACAUGGGCCUUUGUUUUCGGCUUGCUCGGAAACCUGAUUUCUUUUGCUGUUUUCCUCUCUCCCGUGCCAACGUUCUACAGGAUUUGUAAGAAGAAAACCACAGAAGGAUUUCAAUCUAUUCCAUACGUGGUGGCGCUCUUCAGCGCGAUGCUUUGGCUCUACUACGCUACUCAGAAGAAAGAUGUCUUCCUUCUGGUAACCAUCAACAGCUUUGGUUGCUUCAUUGAAACCAUCUACAUCUCCAUCUUCCUUGCCUUCGCAACCAAGAACGCCCGAAUGCUCACGGUGAAGCUCUUGUUGCUAAUGAACGUUGGAGGAUUCUGUGCGAUUCUUCUUCUCUGCCAAUUCUUAGCUAAAGGAGCCACACGUGCCAAGAUCAUUGGAGGAAUCUGUGUUGGCUUCUCCGUUUGCGUUUUCGCUGCGCCGCUUAGCAUUAUCAGAACGGUGAUAAAGACGAAAAGCGUGGAGUACAUGCCGUUUAGCUUAUCAUUGACUCUUACCAUCAGUGCGGUCAUAUGGCUCCUUUACGGUCUUGCUCUUAAAGAUAUCUACGUUGCCUUCCCUAACGUGAUUGGGUUUGCUCUCGGUGCACUACAAAUGAUACUUUACGUGGUUUACAAAUACUGCAAAACGUCGUCGGAUUUGGUCGAGAAAGAACUCGAAAACGCAAAGUUGCCUGAAGUAAGCAUCGAUAUGCUGAAGCUAGGAGGCGCAGCAGAACCAGCAUGUGGGAUCACAGUCGUUCGAUCGGUGAACAUGUGUAACUGUAACGAUCGGAGGGUUGAGAUUGAGAAUGGUCAUGGACUAGUUAGAAACAGUGCAACAGCUGCUGCUACUUGAACUUGAAGGUUUAUGCUAUUUUGUUGACUUAUUUUGACUUUGUACUCUUCUUGAUAUAUCCACCAAUAACUGUCGUCCACGUGUACUUGUUUCGGUGUCGUAGUUUUUCUUAGUUUAUAUCAAAAGUGUGCGAAGUCGAGGAUUAAUUUACUUGGGGGAUUAAACAUUUUCCUGAGUUGAUUUUCUCUUCUUCUUUUUUAAUUAUGGGAUAAUGUAAUUAAAUUA